GAUAUGUUCCAAUCUCUGCUUCUUGAUUCUACUGGCAGGUUUUGCUUAUCAGGAUCUUCUGAUUCAAUGAUUAGACUAUGGGAUCUUGGUCAGCAAAGAUGCGUGCAUUCUUAUGCGGUGCACACAGAUUCUGUUUGGGCACUUGCCAGUACGCCAACGUUUAGUCAUGUAUAUAGUGGUGGGAGAGACCUUUCUUUGUACUUGACAGACUUGACCACAAGAGAGAGUCUUUUGCUUUGCCAAGGAGAACAUCCCAUUCUGCAGUUGGCUCUAGAUGAUGAUAGCAUAUGGGUUGCAACAACAGAUUCUUUAGUUAAUAGAUGGCCUGCUGAGGGGCGCAAUCCUCAGAAAAUUAUCCAAAGAGGAGCGGUAUGGGGAUUACUGAAGCAUUGCGGUUGCAGGUAGAACUCCAGAAGCAGC